AUGGCUCCUGGUGCUGACCUUGUUUCGGCAGCACAACCCAUAGAGGACGAGUUUGAAAACCAUAGCGAAUACGUAUCCUAUGCGGACGUCAUCCCUCAAGCCCAAGGCUUAUACAACCCAGAAUACGAAAAAGAUGCUUGUGGUGUCGGCUUCAUUGCCCAUAUAAAGGGCAAGGAAUCACAUGCAAUUGUAAAAGACGCUUCGGGAAUCCUAUGCUCGUUGACACAUAGAGGUGCCGUCGGUGCCGAUGCCAGAGAUGGUGACGGUGCAGGUGUCAUGACUGGAAUGCCACACUCCUUCUUUGUCGCUGAAUGCAAGCGCUUGUUUGGCAUACAGCUCCCUCCCAAGGGUCAAUAUGCUGUCGGAAACAUCUUCUUCAAACCUGAUGAUGAAGUCCUGCAAUCGUCGCAGGCGACGUUUGAGGGUGUAUGUCGUAGUCUAGGUCUCAAUGUAUUGUGCUGGCGUACCGUCCCCCGUGAUAACUCGGUACUAGGGUCGGCAUCGUUGUCUAGAGAACCUGCCAUCGUACAACCAUUCAUCACUGUUACUGAUCCAUCAAAGUUUGACGAAAAGGAAUUUGAACGGGACUUGUACCUCCUUAGGAAGCAAACCACAAACAGUCUUACGCUAAAGAAUUGGUUUUAUAUAUGUUCCCUCACUUCAAAUCAUAUUGUAUACAAGGGUCUAUUGUCUCCCGUACAGGUGUACAAGUACUUUUUGGACUUGGAAAAUCCUGAAUAUACCUCCCACUUUGCUCUAGUCCACUCACGAUUCUCAACAAAUACCUUCCCAUCCUGGGACCGUGCUCAACCCAUGAGAUGGUUGGCCCAUAAUGGUGAAAUUAAUACAGUUCGAGGCAACAAGAACUGGAUGAGAGCUCGUGAAGGUGGUCUGAAGAGUGAAAAGUUUGGUGACGCUCUUCACACAAUGUUCCCCAUUGUUGAAGAAGGUGGAUCAGACUCUUCUGCUUUUGAUAACGUCUUGGAACUACUAGUAGUAAAUGGUGUAUUGUCGCUCCCUGAAGCAGUCAUGUUGCUCAUCCCUGAAGCUUGGCAAACUCAGACUUCCAUGGAACCAGAAAAGCGUGCCUUUUAUGAAUGGGCCGCUUGCUUGAUGGAACCUUGGGAUGGUCCGGCUCUCUUCUGUUUCUCUGAUGGUAGAUACGUAGGUGCUUCUCUGGAUCGUAACGGUCUGCGUCCAUGCCGUUACUAUAUAACAGAUGAUGACUUGAUGAUCUGUGCCUCUGAAGUCGGAACUAUAUACGUCCCACCAGAAUCCGUAGUCACCAAGGGUCGUCUACAACCUGGUAAAAUGUUGUUAGUAGAUACCCUAGAAGGUCGAGUAGUGGAUGACCGUGAACUGAAAAUGAAUACUGCCACUCGAUUCCCCUUCCAGAAAUGGAUUAAAGAACAAAUGGUCACUCUUGAUAAUGCAGUCCAAUGGGCAAAUAGUACAGGUCGUGUUAGGAAGCUCGAACUUGACGCCCACUCUAUAUCCGAAGAUCCACGAAUGUUGGCAUUUGGUUUUACCAUCGAACAACUCAACUUGCUAGUGAUUCCCAUGAUUACAGAUGGUAAAGAAGCUCUUGGAUCUAUGGGUCACGAUGCUCCACUCGCUUGUCUAUCUCGUCAACCCAGAUUAGUAUACGAGUACUUCCGUCAACUCUUUGCUCAAGUUACCAAUCCACCUAUCGAUCCCAUCCGUGAAGAAAUUGUAAUGUCUCUAGGAUGUUAUGUAGGUCCAGAAGGUAACAUGAUGGAAGUAUCCGAGUCCCAAGCUCACCGACUGUACUUGCCAACCCCAAUAUUAUCCAUCGAGCAAAUGGCAGUCAUCAAAGACUUGCAAGCCUAUAAACCAUCAUGGUCUGUAGCAGUCAUUGAUAUCACCUUCCCCAAAUCAGAAGGACCCAUUGGAUACCUACGAGCAUUGACUCGAGUAUGUAAUGAAGUAUCAGCUGCUAUUGAAAACGGAUUCAAGGUUGCUAUAUUGUCUGAUGCGAAUAUUGCUGCUGAUCGAGUUCCAUUGUCGGCUGGUGUUGCUAUGGGAGGUGUGCACCAUCACUUGAUCCGUAACAAGACUCGUACCAAGAUUGCGCUCUUGGUAGAAACUGGUGAAGCUCGUGAAGUUCAUCAUUUCUGUGUUUUGCUUGGAUAUGGUGCUGAUGCAAUCUGUCCAUACUUGGCUUUGGAAGCUAUGCUCAAGUUGAAGCGUGAAGGUGUACUCAAGAACGAGUUGUCCGAUGAGAAGCUCAUUUACAACUUUAUAAAAGCUUCCAAUGAUGGAAUUCGUAAAGUAAUGUCCAAGAUGGGUAUCUCCACGCUGCAGUCCUACAAGGGUGCUCAAAUCUUCGAGGCUCUGGGUUUGGACAUGCCAGUCAUCAACAGAUGUUUUGUCGGUACUGCUUCUCGUAUCAAGGGUGUCGGCUUUGACAUUCUUGCCGUGGAUACGUUCGCCUUCCACGAUCUAGGAUACCCAACUCGAGACACUGUAGCUCUCCACACUCUACCAGAAUCUGGUGAUUAUCACUGGAGAGAUGGUGGCGAAGAACACAUAAACGAUCCAUUAUCUAUAUCCAACUUGCAAGAUGCCGUCCGCAGGAAGAACGACUCUGCAUAUGAGGCGUACUCUCGUGAAGCAUACCAACAAAUUAAAAACUGUACUCUCCGAGGCCUGCUCGAAUUCCGAUUUGACGCAGCUACACCAAUCCCUAUCGAUGAAGUCGAACCAUGGACCAAUAUAGUAAAGAGAUUCUGUACUGGUGCAAUGUCGUAUGGUUCCAUCUCUAUGGAAUCACAUCAGACAUUGGCUAUUGCUAUGAAUCGAUUAGGUGGUAAAUCAAACACUGGUGAAGGUGGUGAAGACCCUGAACGGUCAUUCACUGACUCGAAUGGAGACUCGAAGCGAUCUGCUAUUAAGCAAGUUGCCUCUGCUCGAUUUGGUGUUACAUCAUACUAUUUGUCUGAUUCUGAUGAAUUGCAAAUUAAGAUGGCUCAAGGUGCUAAGCCUGGUGAAGGUGGUGAAUUGCCUGGUCACAAGGUAUCAGAAGGCAUUGCCCGUACACGUAAAUCAACUCCAGGUGUAGGUCUCAUCUCUCCACCUCCUCAUCACGAUAUCUAUUCCAUCGAAGACUUGAAACAACUCAUUUACGACUUGAAAUGUGCAAACCCCGUCGCACGAGUAUCCGUAAAGCUUGUCUCUGAAGUUGGUGUCGGUAUAGUCGCAUCAGGUGUCGCCAAGGGUAAAGCCGACCACAUCUUGAUUUCAGGUCACGAUGGAGGAACGGGUGCUUCCCGAUGGACUGGUAUUAAAUAUGCUGGUUUGCCAUGGGAAUUGGGUCUUGCUGAAACCCAUCAGACUCUUGUCUUGAAUGAUUUGAGAGGACGUAUUAUUUUACAGACUGAUGGACAAAUCAAGACUGGAAGGGAUGUUGCUAUUGCUUGUCUUCUUGGUGCUGAAGAGUGGGGUUUCGCUACUGCUCCACUUAUUGCGUUGGGAUGUACCAUGAUGAGAAAGUGUCACUUGAACACUUGUCCAUUCGGUAUUGCCACCCAAGACACUGAACUCCGAAAGAAGUUUGAAGGUACUCCUGAACAUGCAGUCAACUUUUUCUACUAUGUUGCUGAAGAAUUGAGAGGCAUCAUGGCCAAGCUUGGGUUUGCUACCAUUAACGAAAUGGUUGGUCGAACUGAUCUAUUGACUUUGAACGAGUCCUUGAAGAACCCCAAGACUCGUAACUUGGACUUGACUCCAGUGUUGACUCCUGGAUAUGCCUUACGUCCUGGCGCAGCCACCUACAACGUCCACAAACAAGACCAUAAACUUGACAUCCGUAUCGAUAACAAGCUUAUACGCGAUGCUGCUCCAGCUCUCAACAACCGUCAACCCGUCAAACUCUUCACCAAGAUUAUAAACACUGAUCGAACAGUCGGUACCACCUUAUCCUAUGAAGUAUCUAAGCGAUUUGGUGAAGAAGGAUUGCCAGAUGAUACCAUUCACAUUAGCAUGACUGGAUCAGCAGGUCAAUCUCUUGGUGCAUUCAUGGCUAAAGGUAUCACUAUAGAAUUAGAAGGCGAUGCCAACGAUUACGCUGGUAAAGGUCUUUCUGGUGGUCGAUUACUAGUAUACCCACCAAAAGUAUCAACCUUCAAAUCCGAAGAAAACAUCAUUGUCGGUAAUGUGUGCUUGUAUGGAGCAACAUCUGGUGAAGCCUUCUUCCGUGGUAUUGCAGCUGAACGAUUCUGUGUCCGUAACUCUGGUGCUCUCGCCGUAGUUGAAGGUGUAGGUGAUCACGGUUGUGAGUACAUGACAGCAGGUCGAGUAAUAGUUCUCGGUAGUACUGGACGCAACUUUGCUGCUGGUAUGUCUGGAGGUAUCGCCUACGUCUUGGACUUGAAGAACGAGUUCAAGGCGAAAUGUAAUACUGAAAUGGUCGACUUGGACCCCGUCACUGAAUCCGAUGACAUUGAAUACCUAAAGAAUGUCAUUGCUGCUCAUCGAGCAUACACAGGUUCCGAAAUCGCUGAUCGGGUAUUAAAGAACUGGUCCACCGUCUUGCCCCGAUUCGUCAAAGUCUUCCCACAAGACUAUAAAGCAAUCUUGGCCACACAACGUAAAGCUGCUGCUGCAGCUGCCGUCGUCAAACCAGUAGAACCUACUCCACCGGCUACUCCACCACAUGCUAAGAAGGAGCCUGGUCUUGUUGAUCUCGAAGACUCGAUUGUAGAUGAAUCUGCUGUCGUCAAGAGACAGCAAGUGCUUGACAAGGUCCAUGGAUUUAUGUUGUAUAAACGCAGCACGGAUCCAUACCGCAACCCACGUAAACGGGCAAAGGACUGGAAGGAAGUCAACGCUCGUAUGGAAGUUGCUGAUUUGAAGGUUCAGGCUGCUCGUUGUAUGGAUUGUGGUGUUCCGUUUUGUCAGAGUGAUACUGGGUGUCCAAUUGGUAACAUCAUUCCCAAAUGGAAUGAAUUGGUCUUCAAGGAUCAAUGGCAUGAAGCUCUUGACCGUUUAUUGAUGACCAACAACUUCCCUGAAUUCACUGGACGAGUUUGUCCAGCCCCAUGUGAAGGUGCUUGUGUCUUGGGUAUCACUGAGCCAGCUGUAUCCAUCAAAUCUAUAGAAUGUGCCAUUAUCGAUCGAGCCUUUGAUGAAGGCUGGAUGGUACCAACACCACCCACGACCCGCACUGGUAAACGUAUUGCCAUUGUCGGAUCUGGACCAGCUGGUCUCUCUGCAGCUGAUCAACUCAACAAGGCCGGACACUCUGUCACAGUGUAUGAUCGAAAUGAUCGACACGGUGGUCUCCUAAUGUAUGGAAUCCCAAACAUGAAGCUUGAUAAACGAGUGGUACAACGCCGUAUAGAUUUCAUGGCUGCUGAAGGAGUUGAAUUCGUAUCCAAUGCCCAUGUUGGAAAGAAUGUAGAUGCUGCACAAUUACGUAAAGAUAAUGAUGUAGUGUUGAUUUCUACUGGUGCUACCUGGCCUCGUGAUUUGCCAAUCCCCAACCGUAAUUUGGAUGGUAUCCAUUUCGCAAUGGAGUUUUUGCAAAAGAAUACUAAGUCAUUGCUUGAUUCCGAGUUACGUGACAAUACGUACUUGUCUGCUAAGGACAAGAACGUUAUUGUUAUUGGUGGUGGGGAUACUGGUACUGAUUGUAUUGGUACUUCGCUUCGUCAUGGUGCCAAGAGCAUUGUGAACUUUGAGUUGCUUCCUCAACCACCAGUAAAACGAGCAUCCGACAACCCAUGGCCACAGUUCCCUCGAGUAUUCAAAGUAGACUAUGGUCACUCUGAAGUCGAAGCCAUCAUGGGUAACGAUCCACGAACAUAUGAAAUUCUAUCUAAAGAAUUCGUAUCAAACGGAGCAGGAGCCGUCAAGGGUAUCAACACCAUCAAAGUGGAAUGGACUCGCAACGACAAGGGACAAUGGUCAAUGAAGGAAGUCGUCGGAUCAGAGAAAUUCUAUCCAGCAGAUCUCGUGUUACUAUCUAUGGGUUUCCUAGGUCCUGAAAACGAAGUCUUGAAACAGCUUGGAGUCAAGCAAUUACCCAACUCCAAUAUCGAUACUCCCAAAAACCAAUAUGCUACUUCCGUGCCAGGAGUGUUUGCUGCUGGUGAUUGUAGACGUGGUCAGUCAUUGAUUGUGUGGGGUAUUAAUGAGGGACGACAAGCUGCUAGGGAGAUUGAUUUGUACCUUAUGGGAAACACUCGAUUGCCAGUGUCUGGAGGGUUCCAACAGAGGUCCCUUGAGAGCUUGGAGGCUUUCCGUGCACCCUUGACUGAAGAGAGUGCAUACGCAGCAGCAGAAGAAAUAGUCACACUCGAAGAAGCUGGAUUAAACAGUCGAGGACAACCGCAACCUUCUGGAAACUGA